GUAAAUGAGGAAGACUUGGCUGAAAUAUGGGAAGAGGAAGUAGCUACCACAAACAGGCAUUUGUGCAAUGGUCCAAACUUUGUGUUGCAACUUCAUUUUAGCAAUAGCCAGGAUCCUUCUCUACUGCAUGGUCAAAGUCAAAGAGUGCUUCUAGAAGCAAAUGACAGACUGACAUGUGUUUACUUCCCAAUUUUUGAG